UGAAACCGCUGUUCGUGACGACUGUGAUUUUGAUGGAAUUAUGUUUUAUCUAAUAAAAACCCUCCAAAAUGAAUUGUGUUGACUAAACUUAAGUGUAUUUAUACAUCACGGUUAUUUUCUAACGCGGUCAUCUCAUUUUAAACGCAUUACUUAAGUGAUAGAGGUUAGGUGUGAUCUGUAGAAAUUCAGUCAUUGUAAAAGUUUCCUUUUACUAAAUAAACAUGAACAGUGAGAAGAGAAAUACGCGCGGAAGGGGCCGUGGCCGGGGCCGAGGCCGUGGUCGAGGCAGAGGUAGGGGUCGAGGCAAGAAAGUUCCUAAAGUAAUGUCAAGUGAUGAAGAGGAAUGCUCGGUGGAAGAAACCACUCAAGAACAAGAAGAAACCGUUGUUGAAGAACCUAAAGAGGAGCCUGAACCUGCUGAACCACCUAAAUUGGAAGUACCAUCAGAUAUAUCUCAGCUGGAAGCUCCAGUAUUCACAACACUGCAGCGAGGUCCCCCGGAGCCUAUGCUCAGGCUUGACUGGAGUCACCGAGCCACACUCAUCGGGGAGAAGGUCCUCAACCCCAUGAUCUACUGCUGUGAUAUAUGCUCUAAACCUAUACUUAUUUAUGGACGAAUGAUUCCAUGCAAGCAUGUGUUUUGUUUGUCAUGUGCCAGAGCUGAACAUACACACUGCCCUAGAUGUAGAGAAAAGGUCUUGCGAGUUGAGCAGACAGGAUUAGGAACAGUAUUUAUGUGUACCCAUUCCGGUACACGGUAUGGCAACACAGGUUGCAGGAGAACUUACUUAUCACAGAGAGACUUACAAGCGCAUAUCAAUCAUAGGCACGUAUCUUCGGGAGCGGUAGAAAGCAAACCAGAGCCUGAACCUCCAACAAAUACCGUUGCUAUUGUGAAGCCUUUGACUCAACUGCCUCCAACUGCAGGAGAUCCCCGAGGUCAUGGUGGGCAUGGCCACGCCCCUUCUGGCGAACGUCCUCGCGCGAGAACCAAUCUCAUCACCGUGCCUAUACAAGACCAGACCGAAUCACACGCCUAUUACAAUUAUUAUCCUCCUCCGCAGCCUGUGCCGCCGCCAUCGUUGCCGCCGGUGUCGUCGGUGCCAGUACUAGCUCACACCAUGAGCGUGCCGCCGCCCACCUACUACGCCACCGCGCCACCCUACUCCGCACCGCCGACUUAUGUACCUCCUGCAGGCAACAUGGCGACAAACGUAGCAGUAUCUCCGAUGUCAUCAACAGUUCCUAUGGGAUCAGUGAACACCAUUGGUGAAGGGGCUCGCUGGGGCGAAAGUUACCAGCAACCCUCAGUACCAGUACAGCAGUGGCCGCCACAGAACCCACACCAUUACUAUAGGUAGCCCCUGUAUAAACGCCGCUAUUCGUGGCGUGAUCGCGAGUGACGUGCUAAUAGACUACAAUGCGUUUUAGCUCGUGGAAAGAAACAAGACUAUAUUGGACUUUAGUGUAGUACUAGGAACUUUGUCGGGGUCGAAAUAAGGUAGUGGCCGAAUGUGUGUAAAAAAUACCAGAAUUUCGUAUAAGUUCGAAUGAAAAUAAUGCAGUUAUUAUCAUAUAAGAUAACAGUGUUACACCCCGACACUGUUACCGCCUACGGACGGGAAAAUUAUGAAAUGACUAAAAUUUUAAACCACAGUAUAUAUAAAAAUUCAUGUCAAGUAAGGGGAAUUAAAACUCAGGGAAGAAGUUUAACUAUCGCAUUAAUAACAAAUACAGUGCUGUUAAUCUUUGAGGCCUCGUUUACGAAGACGCGGCGUGUUGCUCGUUGCGUGUGCUAUGUGCAUGACGCUUUUACAGAAAUGAGGCCUAAAAAUGUAUUCCAAUUGGCUGGACCGAUUUCAUACCAUAUCAAAUACACAAUUAUUUUGUUGUAUUUGGAAUUGAUCACAUAGAUAAAGUUGAAAAUCACUUAUGGGUGCAAGUUCACAGGAGUCGUUUUGUUGAUCCCUAAGUUUUUAUUCUUCUUAUUUUAUAUAGCUUAUAUAAAUAAAUUAUUUUAUGUCACAUUUACGGCCUUUUUUACAAUCAUUGCGUACAGUUUAGUCUGAUAGACAAUUCGACUUAUUUUUCCAGCAGGCCAAGUGAUACACUGGUCAGAGAAUUCCUAUAUUGUAUUUGUAUUUUUUUCAACAGUAUAGUAUAUUAUAUUUUCUUUUUUACUUCCUCUAAUAAUACCACCAAGAUUCUGUAUAUUAGAUUAAAUAUAUGUAAUGUUAAAUUUAUUUACUCUUUAUUUAGGGUAUUGUUGUACCCUAGAUUGCCAACUUACUGGCUAAUUACUGUUAUUUUAUUGUAAAGUGCAAUGUUUCAACUGUAACUCGCUAUAUUAAUGCCAGAUAUUGUUAUAAGCAGUGCCUUUAUGUAAAUCUGCAUAACCUGGUAUGUGUUGCCAGAAUUUUAAGUAUGUAAAUAGAAUAAUAUAUAUAUUUACUUCUCUAGUAUCUCAAUAAGACUUAUAAAUUCCUUGUUCUAUUUAUGAUCUGAUUUCAAUAAACUUCAAAAUUUUGUAAGGAAUUCGAAGAAAAUACAAUAAAAAUCUUAACUAAGUGAUUAGAUAUUUAUUUAAUUAAUUAACACUAUUCAAUAUCAAUUAUAUUUACAAUAUGUCACAUCUUUCACACUCCUCAGCUAGACACAAUCAACAAAUGCAAUAAAAUCUGCAAAAAAUAUUUACUUUUUACACCCCAUACAUUCAACUGUAACCAUUACUAUUGGAUUUUUAUAAAGAAAAAUAUAAUGAAUACUAUUUCGUAUUAAUUCACAGUGCCAUUGCAGAAAUGCUAUUGCUUACAAACUAUCAAAUCAAAAUGCACAUUUACCAUGUGAUUUACUGAAACACAUGAAUUUGUUACAUGAAAUGCUCAUAACUAUUAAUUAGUUAAUUACAAAUACCAAUUGACAAACUUCAUAAAUAUAGUGAAUUUCAUCUAUCAUUACAUGGAAUUUCCGUGUCUGAGAUCGUCAAGCACUCUUAAAAAUCAACCAUACCUAUUUCUACAUUGGUUCUGUGAACAGCCUUUUGUUGUAGUGUUUAAAUCUUUGAAGAUCAUGAUUGUUUCGUAGUGGGCGGGACGGGGUCAGUAAGGUCUACCAGCGUAGCCUCGGGCGGUGCUGCCGCAGCCUGGCUUGAUGUGGCCGUUUCAGACGGGAACUGUGGUAUCACCUGUGACUGUACUUUCCUUACGGCAUCCAUAUUCACUUUGGUCGAAAGAUUCUUUUGUCGCGUCUGUUCGGAAGUCUUGGAUAAUCUCUCGCUCAAAGCUUUGAGCGCGAUUUGUCUGGAAAUAAUUCAAUAUGAAUAACUUAAAAUCAUUACACACAGUCAGCUUAGUUUAGAAAACUAAAUUUACAUUUUACCUCCGUCUCUCCAUGUCUUGUGGCUCAACACCUGGCAUUGAAAUGGUGACGCCUCUAGGACUGAGAGCAAGAUGCACGCGACGAGGGCUUGGUGAACAAAUGCCGAGUCGCACCAGGCAACGAUGUGGCGGCCCCAGAAUUCCUCGCACCACUGGCUGUAGGACCGUGGGGAAGAAACUACAA